CUUGCUGGGGCGUCUCCCGUGUGCCGGAGCGAGGGAUCAUCAGGCUGUGGCUGCUGGAAGACAUGGCUCAGCUCACCCAGGAGCUCGGCACAGCCUUUUUCCAGAAGAACCAGCUGAGGGCGUCCCGGGCGGACACCUUCCUGGAGCACCUCUGCCUGCUGGACAUCGACUCGGUGCCCAUCACCACCCGCAACACCAGCAUCGUCUGCACCAUAGGCCCUGCUUCCCGCUCUGUGGAAAUGCUGAAAGAGAUGAUUAAGGCUGGGAUGAACAUUGCACGCCUGAACUUCUCGCAUGGCUCACACGAGUAUCACGCCGGCUCCAUUGCAAACAUCCGGGAGGCGACGGAAAGCUUCGCCUCCAAUCCUCUCUUCUACCGCCCCGUGGCCAUCGCCCUGGACACCAAGGGCCCCGAGAUCCGCACUGGCCUGGUCAAAGGGGGUGAAAACAUGGAGGUGGAGCUGGUGAAGGGUUCCCGGGUGAUAGUCACCACCGACGAGGCCUACAAGGAGCGCUGCGACCAGUCUGUCAUCUGGGUGGACUACCGAAACCUCCCCAGGGUUGUCAAGGUCGGCAGGAAAAUCUUUGUGGACGACGGGCUCAUCUCCCUGGUGGUCAAGGAAAUCGGCCCCAACAGCUGUGUGACGGAGGUGGAGAAUGGCGGGGUACUGUGCAGCCGCAAGGGCGUGAACCUGCCAGGCGCAGAGGUCGACCUGCCAGCUGUGUCAGAGCGGGAUGUGCGCGACCUGCACUUCGGGCUGCAGCACGGCGUGGACAUGAUCUUCGCCUCCUUCAUCCGCAAGGCAGCUGAUGUGGCAGCCAUCCGGGCUGUGCUGGGCGAGCAGGGCCGCGCCAUCAAGAUCAUCAGCAAGAUCGAAAACCAUGAGGGCGUCAGGAAGUUCAACGAGAUCCUGGAUGCCAGUGAUGGGAUUAUGGUGGCACGUGGGGACCUGGGCAUCGAAAUCCCAGCGGAGAAAGUCUUCCUGGCACAGAAGAUGAUGAUUGGUUGCUGCAACCGCGCGGGGAAGCCUGUGAUCUGUGCCACGCAGAUGCUGGAGAGCAUGAUCAAAAAGCCACGGCCCACGCGAGCAGAGAGCAGUGAUGUGGCCAACGCCGUGCUGGAUGGAGCUGACUGCAUCAUGCUGUCAGGAGAGACAGCCAAGGGGGCCUACCCGGUGGAGGCUGUGAGCAUGCAGCACGCGAUCGCGCGGGAGGCCGAGGCCGCCAUCUACCACCAGCAGCUGUUUGAGGAGCUGCGCCGGGUGACACCCCUGAGUCAAGACCCCACUGAGGUGACGGCCAUUGGGGCAGUGGAGGCCUCGUUCAAGUGCUGUGCAGGGGCCAUCCUCGUGCUCACCAAGUCCGGCCGGUCUGCCCAGCUGCUGUCCCGCUACCGGCCUCGUGCCCUCAUCAUCGCUGUGACACGGAGUGCGCAGGUGGCUCGCCAGGCACACCUGUGCCGGGGUGUCUUCCCUGUGCUGUACCGUGGCGCCCAGCAGGAGGUGUGGGCUGAUGACGUGGAUCGCAGGGUGCAGUUUGGCAUUGAGAUGGGACGUGUGCGUGGAUUCCUGCGCUCCAGCGACAUUGUCAUCAUUGUGACAGGCUGGAGGCCUGGUGCUGGCUACACCAACAUCAUGCGAGUGGUGAAGGUGUCGUGAGGGGGGCGCCUGGGGCUGCUCCUGUGCCCGGCCCCUGUGGUACCACAUGGCUCCAUCAUUAAACACCCAGAUUCAGGCA